CUGAGUUAUUUAUCCCCUGACAGCGUAUGCUUCGUUGUGUUCGAUAGGCUGACACAUAGUUUACAAAGCUAUGGCGACAUUGGCGAGACUCCACUGCGGUAGUGUGAGAUUCUGUAGAGAUCCGAUCCGUCCUCGAGAACUACGGAUACGUCGGGUAGCGUCUGAUUGCUUGAUGCGCAAUGCUGACCUGCGUUGGCCAACUUGGCCUUGCCAUCUCUCCCUCGCCGCUACGACCGCCACAACGACCGCGGUUGUGGUUUUGCUUUCACUACUUUUCGUCAUCGCCGGCGGACGACCGGUCGGUAGCGCAUCCUCUUUCUCACAGUCCUCCGCGCGCCUCGUCGGUCCGGGAGGCGGUCGAAGCGAUCGCGAUCGCGACCGCCUCCGCGAAGACAAGAGGGUACUCCAAUCUGCAAACACUUGCCUUGGUUUGGAGAUAAUCAACAAGCCCCUUGCUUCUUGCAACCCCGUUGUGAGAUACGAGGCGGCCGCCCCUUUCGUCAAAGCGGCGGACGAGCCGCGUAUGAAGUGCAUGUCACUGGCGCGCAACAUAGUCUUGCAUCCGAGCGGGACCGUGUUCUUCUACAUACUCGAUCAGAUGUGCUCGACGGAGCAAAACAUGAGAAGACCGAGUAGGCGCCUGUUGUCAUUCUAUGAGUCCGUACUGAGCACGGAAGGUGUACGGUUGAAUCUGAUAAGCACGUGGUGGCCGGGAUCUAGCGGGACGGGAUCGCAACUGCUCAAUUUCACAUGCUAUGACUAUAACUGCACUUCGUCCAUGAAUCUCGUCUCCGGAAUGGCUACCUCGAAGUCGGGAUCUCAACUGAUCUUAUCGGGAUACCGUGAUGCGACUAUGACGCAGUCGUGGCUUACGACACUGAGUGUUGACAGCGGUGAGAGAUCUUCCAUCACGUUAAUGGUGGAAUUCGCCAGCGGCAUCGCUCUCGAUCCAGAGAAGACGAAUCUGUUCAUCACAAACGGGGAGGUCUAUCCUCGUUGGAUCUUCUCUUCUCCCGUUUCCCUUGAUCAGCAUGGUGACCUAUCUUCUCUCGACGGACUCUCCUCUCCCUCCUUGCUCUUCAUGUUCGAUCACUUUCACGAAUGGGACACGUCAUCGAUAUAUUUCGGUCCCUAUAGUUUCCCUCGCGAUGGCAGCUGCUUGUACUUCGUCGAUCGCAAUCCCGGCGGCAGCGUCUGGGCACUCAAUCGUUCGUCGAAUGUGGUCAAUCUUGUCGCCGGAGGCGGAUUAACCCCCCAGAUCUCGCCGCACAUAAGUAGUAGCUCAUCGAACGGUGGUGGUUAUAGCAUCGUCAUGUCCAAUGGUUUGAACGCAUCGUUCGGAGAGUUGUACGACCUCGCCGUGACGGAGGACGGUCGGAUGAUCGUCGUCACUGAGAGAGACACCGGUCUUGUGAAGCUCAUCGAGCUGGACUCUCCUUGUGGAGGCGGGAGGCGAGUCACAGAGAUCUGUAAGUACCAUCUUCGCCCCGACUCCGGCGCGUAUGGGUUGGCCAUUGGAAAUUUCAGCGGGCAACUGUUCUUACUUCUCGGUACGGACGACGGACAGGUGUUCAAGCUCACCAUCAACACGUCGGCUCUGGAGGCCAGCGCACCGGUGCGCGAUAACAACAUAUUAAGUAAUCCCAGUCCGUCAGUCCCGCCUCCACAACCAUCUAGCAACUCUUCCCAGGGAAGGGUGAAAGAACCUCCGGAGGUGAACAUCGGCCUACCGGUAGGUGUCGUUGUACCUGUCAUCGUAGGGUCGGUCUUAAUCCUUGGUUUGUGUGCGGGGGGUAUCCGGUGGAAAUUCAUUCGCCGAGACCACUCACGACUUCCUCUCCUAGGCGAAGAUCCAGACUAUUCUGACCCGCACCAAGGUGUCGUAGUGUUUGAUUAUCGAACCUUAAGCAACGCGACGAACGGGUUCGACCGCGCGCGACAGAUCGGGCAGAAAGGUGGAUUUGGCGUCGUCUACCGAGGAUCACGGGGGGGGAGUGAUUCAACAACUGGAAUGGAGAUCGCCGUGAAGCGCAUGAACGGAGAGCUGACAGAGAACAAGGAAGAGCAAUUCGAAGCAGAGGUGGCGACGCUCAACCGGGUGCAUCACGUCAAUGUUUGUCGCUUGAUUGGAUAUUGCCGACAUAAGGGCAAGUGCUACUUGGUUUACCCUUUCAUAGCGGGGGGCAGCUUGCACGAUCGACUUCAUUUACGGCCUGAAGAUCGACCAAAAGAAGUACCGGGAGCGAGAGGACUUCCAAGAGAAGAACCAGCAAGAGAAGUACCAGAAGGAGAACCCGGAGCAGCCGCAGAAGAAAAGCCGGGACCGUCCGCGGGUGCGAGAGCAGCAGGAGAGACCGGAAGAAAAACUCUACUCGGAGGAGAAGGAGGAGGAGAAGGAGGAGGAAGAGGAGGAGGAGGAGGAGGAGGAGGAGGAGGAGAUGGGGGAGGGGGAGGGGCCGGACGAGAAGGACAGCAACGAAGUGGAACUGAAGAAUCAGAGGCAAACGAGGGAGGACGAGGAAGGGAAGAAGGAGGUGUCGGUCGACGGGCCGUUCGAUGGGCCGUUCGAUGGGCCGUUCGAUGGGCCGGACGAGGGGGCGGACGAGGGGGCGGACGAGACCCGCAAGGAGGAGAAGGCCAGCCCAAUCGUGUCUCCCAACCUCUUACCCUGGUAGAGCGUGUUGUGGUUGCUGCACAGAUUGCUAGGGCUCUUCGCUACCUUCACACCGAGGCUACGCCGGAGGUUAUCCAUCGGGACGUCAAGAGUGCAAACGUCUUGUUGGGAACAGAAGGUGGUACGAACCUGACGGCAACCCUAGCGGAUUUCGGUUUGGCCACGGAGAUGAGGGAGGAGUUACAAUCAGACCACAGGACAGUCUGGCAGCCGUGGUGCGGGACGGAAGGCUACACGGCUCCAGAAUACGAGGACCCGGACCGGGGAAAGCUGACAAAGAAGAUCGACGUGUUCGCGUUUGGAGUUGUUCUGCUGGAGCUUCUGACCGGCGAAAAAGCGACAGUGAAGAAGCCCCGUGGCGGAUACGCAACUCUAGUCGAACGGCAGAGCGACAAUCUGGCCAUUGUUGAUAGCGUCGAUCUCAAGGAGGUCGUGCACCAAUCGAUUAAAGAGGAAAUGGAUAAUGUUGUGAUGAGCCGCAUGACGAGAGAGCUGUUGCGGCUAGUUGUUGGUUGUGUUAAUCACAUCGUUGAAGCUAGGCUAAGUAGCGAUGUGGUUGCUUCCAGGAUGGAGGCCAUUGCGAACACGGCCGGAAUAACUCUACGAGUCAACAGGGUUCCAACCCGUCGGCCGGUCAGAAAUCAGCUAACGGUGAUAGGUCUUAAGGCAGCCCAGAAUCAUUCACACACCGUCUAGAAGCUAACGGUGAUGGAUGGAGGGAUAAUCGGUAGAACCCCACAUGGAAGUCAUUGGGCCGGUAGUACCAAACGGCCGAGUUUCCGGCGCCCAAAACCGCAAAGGUUUUGGCGUGGGCGCUUUCUACCAAUUAUCCCAUGGUUGGAUCUCCCCGGGUUGGGCAUUUAUGUUAUCCGUUAGCCGUGAGGGCCAUGGAUCACCCGCCCACCCGCCCUUCUGUGUGUAAACGGUGUAUUAUCCUGUACAGUUAACAGGCGCUGAGCAGCGUCUCCCACAAAAAAUGAAGUGCAAUAGCUUAC